GAUUUGCGAGAUAUUUGUGACUGCUGGAAAACAAACACAGCAAAUGAGGAUGCAAGAAGGAUGUUGCAAGAUUGCUUAUCAGUUGAUAUCAAUUCGACUGGGCUAAAAUCACAGCUGGAUUGGAUUUCACUUCUUGAGGAUAUGUUUGCUAGCGCUUGCACUCAGCGUGGUAUUGUUUACAACAGCGAAUUUGCUAAAUAUCUGUCAAAAGUCAAGGAAUCACUCAGAGGUCAGCAUUUCCGAUUGUUGAAUUUGCUUGUCCGACUCGCCUCAGCGAACUAA